CUUUUCUCUUCUUGUAUACCUUCUCUUCCACUUUCUUCUCAUUCCCGCCAUCGCCGUUCUCCCUCUCAUCCUCUCCUAUUCUAUCUCUCCCUUCAUUAACCCUAGAAAAUCGACAUUCUUUUCCUAAUCCUUCUAUCUUCCCUAAAUUUCUGACGACAUCUCUGAAGUAAUCGGCAGUCAAUUUAGGAGGUUAAUGCUCUGAAAUUAUCGCAGCAAUGGCUUCUUGUUUCAGAUAAUUAUUGCAAUUUGUCUCAUAGUCGUUUUGUUUUUGAUUAAUCGGCUUUCUUUAUUAUCAAGAUUCAGGAUGGCUCAGGGCUUCAGGGGAACUCCACCUGGGAUAUCUCUUAUAAGAAGUUUCAGAGGCAAAGAUUGGAGUUUUACUUCAUACAGAUAUGCUGUUCUUCUGAUUACUUUUAUUGCAUAUACUUGUUAUCAUGCUUCCAGAAAACCAAGUAGCAUAGUCAAGAGUGUUCUGGAUCCUGAACGAAACAAAUCUUCAGUUUCAAAAUUCUGGCCUGUUGGAAAUGUUCUCAUCAGGGAGGAACUUUUUGAUAGUAAUGUAAACAGCUCAAAUAAGGGAGGCUGGGCACCUUUUGAUGGGAAAAGCGGGAAGUCGAAAUUGGGAGAGAUUGAUGUUGCAUUUCUUGCAUGCUAUUCCAUGGGCAUGUAUGUUGCUGGGCACUUGGGGGAUAGUCUAGAUCUUCGUCUAUUUUUGACUUCUGGCAUGAUUGGUAGUGGCAUAUUUGUUGCGCUUUUUGGCAUGGGUUACUUCUGGAAUAUCCAUGCCUUCUGGUUCUUUAUGCUAAUGCAAAUGAUAGCUGGAUUAUUUCAAGCUACUGGUUGGCCAUCUGUGGUUGCUGUCAUCGGUAAUUGGUUUGGCAAAAGAAAGCGGGGUUUGAUAAUGGGUAUCUGGAAUGCUCAUACAUCUGUAGGGAAUAUUACUGGGUCCCUUCUAGCUGCUAGUGUUUUGCAGUAUGGAUGGGGGUGGUCUUUCAUAGCUCCAGGAGCUUUUAUCUUUCUGGGAGGUAUUUUGGUAUACCUGUUCUUGGCUGCCUAUCCAGAGGAUGUAGGUUUCCCUUGUCCUCAUGCGUUGGGAAAUAAUGUAGAGACAGAACCGAGUAAGCUGGAAGCACAGAGCCAUAAAGUUGAAUCGAAUGACUGUCAAACAUAUAUUACUCCUCAAUUUUCUUCAACAUCGAGGAAAAGUGUAGGAUUGUUUGAAGCAUGUUUGAUACCUGGGGUAAUACCAUUUGCCUUGUGUCUCUUCUUUUCAAAGCUUGUGGCGUACACUUUUCUAUAUUGGCUACCAUUUUAUCUUAGUCAGACAGCAAUUGGUGGAGUUUAUGUAUCCGUGAAGUCUGCAGGAAAUCUUUCCACUCUCUUUGAUGUGGGGGGCAUAGUAGGUGGCAUUUUGGCAGGCUAUCUCUCCGAUAAACUUAGUGCUAGAGCUAUUACUGCAGCCACAUUUAUGUUUCUUGCAAUCCCUUCAAUGCUCCUGUAUCGCUUUUACGGCGGUGUUUCCAUGACUUCGAACAUUGUCUUGAUGAUGAUUGUUGGGAUGUUUGUCAAUGGACCAUAUGCACUCAUAACGACUGCAGUUUCUGCAGAUUUGGGUACUCACAGAUCGCUGAAAGGAGAUUCUCGCGCUCUGGCAACUGUGACUGCUAUUAUUGAUGGUACAGGAUCAGUGGGUGCAGCAUUUGGUCCACUUCUCACUGGAUUUCUUUCGACCAAGGGAUGGGAUGAGGUGUUUUUAAUGCUUAUGGCCGGAGCCUUAAUUGCUGGCCUUCUGUUGUCACGGCUAGUGAUAACAGAAAUCCAUGAGAUUUUCGAAAGGAUGCAAUCUAAUCGUUCACAAAGAUUUGCUGGGUCUGUAUCUCAACCCCUUCUGGUGACCUAAGUUGAUUCAUUGGGUGUAAGAUGCGUCUCUUUAGACCGCGGAAAUGCUGUUUAUGAUCAAGAAGUAAGAACACUAUACUGCAGCAAUGUUUCAACCACUUCAUUUUAUGAAUCGGUUAAUCGUAUUACUUAUACAUGCAAGCUACAAUUUUGAACUAUGUGGUGUGUUGCCUGUUCUACGGCUAGCUGAUAAAGAGGAUCAAAGGUCUUCCUUCAGUUUGAUAAUUUAUUUGUCAUAUGUAUAUCAACGUAGCAGGAUUUUAUUUUUCUUGUGUGUGGUCGAUCAAUGUUUCGGGUUUGGUUAUUCUACAUACCAAGGUUUUUGUGCUUCCGGUUCUUAGAGUUUUGCCUCAGUUUCUUCUACCUAAGAAUGCAGAUACCUUGUACUUUUCCAAGUUAGAUCAGAUUAGUCCUUUUUAAUUAAAAAAUUCAAUCCCCGUCAAAGAGUUGUUUAAUUUCUGUUGGAUUUUGCUACAGCUAUAGAAAUGAAUGUACGUAAUGAUGAACAGAAUCUUCAAUUUAAGUGGGGUUAUGCUUUGGUACAUGGUCUAUUUAUAUUAACAACAAUGCCUAAGCCUUAAUUCAAAAA